AUGCAGAAAGUCAUCAGGCGGGCAGCCCUUGCCGCCAACCAGGCUAAACGAAGGGCCAGGAUCCAAGCAGAGCGAGACAGGCGCGACGAAAUCAGAAAAUAUUUCCAAGAGCGACAACGGUACGAGCGGAUCAUUAUCGACCAGAUCAAAGCAGAACGAAAAACCCGACGGGAAGACUGGCUAAAGGGCCCGUUGGCGCCGAAGCGAGAUGCGGCGGAUCUUGAGGGGGCAUAUGGUACCUUAACACCAGAGCGCACUCGGCCCCCGGCGCUUCCCCGGGAGGAUAGGACGAAGCUUGUCAAUUUCGCGGCGGGAGAUCGGGUGGUCGUGUUAAAGGGGCCGGAUCGGGGGAAGAUUGGCAAGGUCUUCAGUGUGGAUGCUGAAUCUGGAACACUCAGCGUCAGCGGUGUCAACAGCGUUGACGUACGCUAUCCCGAUUUUAUCUUAGCAAAUGAGCCCGACAAACGUCCAUACCGGCCAAUCCCUCUACCUGUUCCCUUCGAAGACGUCCGGCUCGUAGUUCCCCUCCACAACUCGGAAACGGGCAAGGUGGAAGACGUCGUGGUUAAACACAUGUAUGGCGGAGAACCUUACAUGGACCAUCCUUACGGCGUAGAUACACCCAAGCACACUCGAUACAUCUCGGACCUUGAUGUAGAAAUCCCCUGGCCCCAGCCAGCCGCCCCAACCCACGUCGACGAACCGGCCGAUACCCUGCGAAUCGAGGUCGAGGAUCGCACACAUAUACCUUCCCUCAACGCCUACCCAUUCCCUGCCACCAUCAUCGAUGAGCUGAGGAAUAAGUUCUCGAAGUUCCGCACUCGGCACGAUCCCGAGUGGGUUGCGGCGAAGGAGGAGGAAGAUAGGAAAAUGGAGAAGCGGCGGAACACGCCCUGGGUCACGCCGAAGACGGCAUUUAUGGCCCAGAAGGCCCAGAAGAGAGCAAUGGAACGGGAGCAGCAGAAAGAUGAGAAUGGAAACUAUGUUGUUCCUCAGGAUACCGCUUCAUAUAUCGAGCAGUUCCUUGCCAAGAAGCAGAGCCAGGGCAAGCCUGCGUCAAAGGUGCCCGCUUAG